CUGAGGGGAGAAAAACAAGAAGGGCGGUAUUUUUAGGGCCAUUAAUUCUGACCACGUGCCUGAGAGGCAAGGUGGAUGGCCCUGGGACAGAGGCUGUUCAUCACUAUGUCCCGGGGAGCAGGACGUCUUCAGGGCACGCUGCGGGCUCUCAUCUUCCUAGGCGUCCUAGUGGGCAUGGUGCUGCCCUCGCCUGCAGGCGCCCGCACCAACAGCACGCUGCUGAACUCCAGGGGCUGGGGCACCCUGCUGUCAAGGUCUCGAGCUGGGCUAGCUGGAGAGAUUGCUGGGGUGAAUUGGGAGAGUGGCUACUUGGUGGGGAUCAAGCGGCAGAGGAGGCUCUACUGCAACGUGGGCAUCGGCUUUCACCUCCAGGUGCCCCCCGACGGCCGGAUCAGCGGGACCCACGAGGAGAACCCCUACAGCCUGCUAGAGAUUUCCACCGUGGAGAGGGGUGUGGUGAGCCUCUUUGGAGUGAAGAGUGCCCUCUUUGUUGCCAUGAACAGUAAAGGAAGAUUAUACACAACGCCCAGCUUCCAAGAGGAAUGCAAGUUCAGAGAAACCCUCCUGCCCAACAAUUACAAUGCCUACGAGUCAGACCUGUACCGAGGGGCCUAUAUCGCACUGAGCAAAUAUGGACGGGUAAAGCGGGGCAGCAAGGUGUCCCCAAUCAUGACUGUCACUCACUUCCUUCCCAGGAUAUAA